GCAGGAUGGAACCUGAAACCCAGGUGCCUGCCCUUGACCAGGAAUUGAACCCAUGACCCUUCGUGGGGGUGCGGGCUGGCCCGUGGUGCACUCUAACCACUGAUCCACACCGGCCAGGGCUUCCAUUAAAUAUUUUUUUACAGGAAUUGGGCAUUUUUGUGGCUACCCCUGGCCCUCCUGCAGUAGCACACUUGCAUGGGUUGGGGUCAGGAGUCAGGGCAGCUGGGUUUGACAUCCCUCCAUCAUGGGGAACCUCUCUGCCCCAACACGUGUCCCUCUCCUCCCCAGGGCGAGUGCUCCCGCAAAUGCCACAACCUCUUCGUGAUGGAGACGGUGUGCGUGGCCUGGUUCUCCUUGGAGUUCCUGCUGCGCUCGCUGCAGGCCGAGAACAAGUGCGCCUUCCUACGGACGCCGCUCAAUAUCAUCGACAUCCUGGCCAUCCUGCCCUUCUACGUGUCGCUGCUCCCGGCCAGCUACUGGUGGGCGGUCAUCUCCAUGACCACGGUGGGCUACGGCGACAUGGUGCCCCGCAGCGUGCCCGGACAAGUGGUGGCGCUGAGCAGUAUCCUCAGCGGCAUCCUGCUCAUGGCCUUCCCGGUCACCUCUAUCUUCCACACCUUCUCGCGCUCCUACUCGGAGCUCAAAGAGCAGCAACAGCGCGCCGCCAGCCCCGAGCCGGCCCUGCGCGAAGACAGCACGCGCUCCGCCAGCGCCACGGAGGACAGCUCGCAAGAUCCCGAAGGCUCAGGCGAGACUGGGGACUCAGCGGACCUCGCAUGGGCGCGCACAGGGCCAGCCUGACCUGGGCGGACACCCUGUGCUCAGGGGCGGCCGUGCUGUCCAUCACAGGAGGCUGCCCGUCACAAGCUUUAGAAACAGAACUACAGCCCUGGCCUCCCACUGCGCAGAGGGACAGGAACUGACCUUAGGGGCAGCUGCUCCCAAAGCCCUAAGGGGCCUCGCUCCUGUUGGCGCGUAUCUGGUCCAAGUGCAUGUUGCUGCGACCAGUGAGGCCCAGAACUCGGCCUAGGAGUCGGAGGUGAUGUUAAAAGCCAACCUGUGCUUUGAGCAAAUUUCCCAGAGGGCACCCCAUCCUGUCCUCCUUCCUUUUAUUUCCCUUUGGAGUUCUGACUCUGUGGCUAGCUAAAAAUAAAUUCAAGAAGUCCCAGAA